CCGGCCCGAAGUGGCUCACCAGCUCUUCAGAUGCUUCCAGUAUCAGGAGGACAUGGGGCCCCGGGCAUCGCUGAGCCGCCUCCGGGAGCUCUGCGGCCACUGGCUGCGGCCGGAGCUGCACACCAAGAAGCAGAUCCUGGAGCUGCUGGUGCUGGAGCAGUUCCUGAGCGUGCUGCCCCCGCACAUCCUGGCCCGGCUCAAGGGCCAGCAGCUCCGGGACGGCGAGGAGGUGGUGCUGCUGCUGGAGGGUGUCCCGAGGGAGUCCAUCGAUGUGGGGCCGCUGCCCCCCAGGGCCCCGAGCUGUGGUCUGAAGAGAACUCCCGUGAUCAGGAGCUGGCAGCUGUUCUGGAGUCCUUGACCUUUGACGAUGUCCCCGUGAAGAAGGCGUGGCCUGUGUACCCUCUGGGAUUUACAAACACAAUCCCGGACGAGGACUUUAAAGAAGACCCCAAAGGGGUUGCCUGGUCUGCUGCUUUCGCCGCAGAGUCUCAGGAUAGUCCAGGGGCGGCAGGAGAGGCCCACGAGCAGCCACUCGGCCAGGGCCCUGCGGUGAGCGGCUCCCGCGGAGGAGAGCCCUCCGACAGCAAGAGUGACCUUCUCGCCGAGGGCAAAGCGGCCGAAGGGGCCCCCCAGCCGGAGCCAGAGACCAAGUUCAUCUGCACAGAAUGCGGGGUGAGUUUCACGAAGCUGGCCCGCCUGGAAGGGCACCUGCUGCGCUCCCACCCGGGCAGGCGGUCCUUCCAGUGCCUUUGCUGCGGGAAGACCUUCGGCCGCAACUCCAUCCUCAAGCUGCACAUGCGCACGCACACGGACGAGCGGCCGCACGCCUGCCAUCUCUGCAGCCACCGCUUCCGCCAGAGCUCACAUCUCAACAAGCAUCUGCAGACGCACUCGGAGCCCGCCUUCCUGUGCGCCGAGUGCGGCCAGGGCUUCCAGAGCCGGACCAGCCUCCUGCAGCACCUGCUGGCGCACGCCCAGGACCAAAAGGGGCCCCGUGCCCCGGAGCCCAAGACCAAGCAGGCGGAGAUGACCGUUGUGCUGUGCUCACACUGCGGCCAGACCUUCAAGCGCCGCUCCAGCCUCAAGCGUCACCUGCGGAUUCACGCCAAAGACAAGAGCCACCAGGGCUCCGAGGGCCCAGCCGGCCAGCGCCCAGCCCCGGAGCGCAGGCCCUACGUGUGCAGCGAGUGCGGCAAGGCUUUCCGGCGCAGCGAGCACCUGGCGGCCCACCUGCGCGUGCACACGGGCGAGCGGCCCUUCUCCUGCCAGGUGUGCGGCCGCCGGUUCAGCCAGAGCACCCAGCUCGCCUGCCACCAGCGGGUGCACACGGGCGAGAAGCCCUACGGCUGCCCGCAGUGUGGAAAGCGCUUCGUGCGCAGAGCUAGCCUCGCCCGCCACCUCCUCACCCACGGCGGCCAGAGGCCCUACCGUUGUGCCCAGUGCGGCAAGACCUUCAGCCAGACGCAGGACCUCGCCCGCCACCGGCGCAGCCACACUGGCGAGAAGCCCUGCCGCUGCAGCGAGUGUGGGGAGGGCUUCAGCCAGAGCGCCCAUCUGGCGCGCCACCAGCGCAUCCACACCGGGGAGAAGCCCCACGCCUGCGACACCUGUGGCCACCGCUUCCGCAACAGCUCCAACUUGGCCCGCCACCGCCGCAGCCACACGGGUGAACGGCCCUACGGCUGCAAGACGUGCGGCCGGAGCUUCCGGCGCAAUGCCCACCUGCAGCGGCACCUGGCCACCCACGCAGGGUCAGGGGACCUGGCAUCCGGGCAGGCCGAGCCCCCCCAAGAGUGCCUGGAGUGCGGCAAGAGCUUCAGCCGCAGCUGCAACCUGCUGCGUCACAUGCUGGUGCACACGGGGGCCAGGCCCUACUCCUGCACACAGUGUGGCCGCAGCUUUAGCCGCAACUCCCACCUGAUACGCCACCUGAGAACCCACUCGCGGGAGACCCUGUACUAG